GAUAUAUCAGUAAAUAUUUUACAAGAACUGUUAUCGCAUCAUGUUGGCACUGCCGCCAGGAACUACUAUGAGGGAGGUUAGACUUUUCAAUUCUAAACACUCUAGCGUAUUUUAUUUUGUUUGGAUUGCAUCUCUCUUUAUUUCUUUUGACUUAGUUUUGAGUGAUUUUUCAUGCGGUUCUUUUGUAGCUAUAGAUAUAACAUUUUAUCUAAACGAAGACACUGUGUUUCCUUUUGAAGGAACCUUUUCCUUAGAGCCACUAAACCGAACCGUACAGCCUUUUUAUAAAUCAUCCAACUCGAUUUUCACCAACGAACACGGAGGGACCCACAUCGAUGCUCCCUACCACUUUAACCCUCAUGGACUGAGGCUGGGGGACAUACCACUGGCAAAUCUUCUCUUGGUUGACGGAGUGAUCAUAGACCUGUCUAAAAAAACUGAGAACUGUCCUGAGUAUGCAGUAACCGUCCGGGAUAUUCGGGAAUGGGAGCGACUUCAUGGGCCUCUCCCUGACCGUUGCGUGGUUAUCUUCAACUUCGGCUGGGCGCAAAAAUAUACGAACAGCACUGUUUACAAGGGCCUCCUUAGCUCCGAUGAAAGUGAUGUUCAUUUUCCUGGAAUAGGUGGAGCAGCAGCAAAGUACCUGGUUGAUUGUAAGAAGGCCAUUGGAGUUGGAGUGGACACUCUCUCUAUCGACGUGUCCAGCAAUGUGAUCGCUCAUCAAUAUAUCUUGGGGGGGAACCUGUUCGCCCUCGAGCAGCUGGCGCUCGACCGGACUGUUGGUGUGCCAGCUCGGGGAUUCAAGCUCAUCAUCCUUCCCAUGCGGAUAGAACGUGGAACAGGAGGUCCCGCACACGUCGUCAUCAUGGUGGACCCCAGUAAAUACCCGCUAGUAACUCCGCCAGGACUCUUCCGGACUACACUACCGGACACGGACUUCACUGUCCACAUCGAGUGUACUAAGAGGAAUUGAAACUUUCACAAUUUCAAUUUGACUGUUUAAACUUCGUUUCAUCGAAAUUAUACCUUGUCAUAACUUAUUUUGAAGAAUGUGCAUCUUUGCACUAAUGUUAAAAAAAAGUUUUUAUUGUA